CAUUAGCAGCGAUUAAUUAAAACUCGUUUUGUGAACCGGAGCAGCGACUUUUGCAGCUCUGGGGUAUAAAAAGCGGAUGCCCCUCUGAUAUUUGUUGAAAUUCGUAGAACAAAAAAAAAAUGUUGAAUCAUAAACUCUUCGUCUGCAUCUCUGGCCUGCUGCUUGCGGUGCUCCUGGCCAACGUCAAUGCUAUCGAGGAACCGGAAGCCACGCUGAUCAAGGAGGUCAACGAGCAGAAUCUGAAUGGAGCGGGACUCUUCAAGAGUCAGGUGGAAGUGACCAAUGGCAUCAGUCAGAGUUCCGAGGGUGAUGUGAAUGGCAUCAAGGGUGAAUACUUAUUGCCUGGCCGAGAUGGCGAGCCUCCCGUACGUGUCACCUACAGAGCUGAUGCCUCGGGUUUCCAUGCCGAUGUGCACGAAGCGUAAUUGUAAUUAACAGUCUUGUUUAUAAACAAUAAAAUACUGAAAUCGAACAACAGCAGCAGCAGCAAUAACAACAACUAAA